AUGGAAUCUUCCACAGGUCAUAAAAGCCAACCAAGCUCUUAUGGUUUCUGGGCUUUGGAUUUGAUUGAGAAUAUUGAAAACACUGAUGGUACUAAAGUCAUGAUCAAUUUGAUAACGAGUACAAUUUUCUUUAGUGAGAGGCCUUCGGCUUCACCACCCUCUCCUCUGUGGGCUUCAUCCCCGUCUCGGACGUCUCGUCAUGCUCGCCUUCCCCAGGCUCAUGGGAUCCUGCCCAUUCCUCUCCCCGGAGCUUUCUGCUGGAGGAGUCUCACCUCGAAACUGGCGCCGCUUGACACAGCGCUCGCACAGAGCGCCCUCGAUGCGGGAAACUCCGUUGACGGUAUUCUCCCAGCAGCCACUGGCCGACUCCAUGGAGAUUCCUCUCGCGCAGCGAGUCUCUACCUUCUUCGAUCCCCAAUGGUUGCAGCUGACGUACCAAGUCUCGGUCAUCCAGCACAUCUUUGCAAGCUUUUGGUUGGGAAUCGAUCGGUUUGGUGGUUCUGA